UAUAAAACCUUCUGGGGAAGAACCUGCGACAAACUAUCAAGGUUAUGCAGCUGACGCAUUCAGAAACUCGAGUCAGUUGAUAAUGCGCGUUCGGUGAGUAAUGAUCCUUCUGGCGAUGCAUACAAUUUGCGACGAAAGAGAACAAGAGAAGUAACGCAGUUCCACUUGACGCUCGACGUUUUCUCAAACACGAGGUUCGACGCGCGAAGUUAACGUCGCGCGACAAAGAUUUGCAAACAAUUCAUAAAGUGAAGAUAAUUGUAUUUUUGCAUCGGAUAAACAGAGACUCGACGCAAUGCCCGACGCAUAUGAAAACUUUAACAUGGCGAUGCUAAUGAACAACAUCAUUCCAGAUAACGAUGCAGAGUCGUACCUCGCGUUCAACGGUAAUGCUCAUAAACAUGCACCUCGGAGCUUACAUUUACCACUGGUAUCUAAUACGAAUAUAUUAAGUCCAUACAGCAGUUCUGGGUCUCAGGGAAAUAUGAGUGCAUCUCCCAUGUCAACAUCCUCGUCACCUCAACACUUAACAGAUUAUAUUACUCUUAACGAUGAUACAUACAGAUAUGAAGCAGUUGGUGAACCAUACCUUGAAAUCAUAGUACAACCAGCAGAGAAAUUCAGGUUUCGAUACAAAUCUGAAAUGAUGGGAACACAUGGAGCUUUGGUGGGUAUACCACAUGGAAAUUCGCGAAAGAAACCUGCACCUGCAGUCAAAUUAAAUAAUUUUUCGGAUAAGGCGAUAAUACGAUGCACAUUAGUUACAUCUGAUGAUGAAUGUAGAAAUAAUGAUGGAUGUAGAAUAUCGCAUGCUCAUAGAUUAGUGAAGCGAGAGGGUACGGUGGAUCAAGAUGAACCACAUUACUUGGAAGUUUCAUCGCAAAACAAUUUUACAGCCACAUUUGCUGGCAUGGGUAUAAUACACACCGCGAGAAAACACAUCAAAGAUGAACUAGUACGAAAAAUGCGCAAUGAACAUUUGGAAAAUUGUAGACGUACAAACAGAAAUGCUAUUAUUAGUAUUCGCGACGACGCACAGAUUAAAGCUAAUGCAGAGAAUUACCAAAAGUCUAUAAAUUUGAACAGUGUCGCUCUUUGUUUUCAAGCGUUUAUAGCAGAUGAUUUUAAUAUCAUGAGGCCUAUUACGUCGACGGUUUAUAGCAAUCCAAUCAAUAAUUUGAAGAGCGCAUUAACUGGAGAACUUAAAAUAUGUAGAAUUGACAAAUAUACAAGUAGUUGUGAAGGUGGCGAAGAGGUGUUUAUAUUUGUAGAAAAAGUUGGUAAAAAAAAUAUAAAAAUAAAAUUUUUUGAACUAAACGAUGAUGAUGUCGAGAUUUGGUCCGAUUAUGGCCGCUUUUCGGAAUUAGAUGUUCAUCAUCAAUAUGCCAUUGUAUUUCGAACUCCACCAUAUAAAGAUCAGAGUAUUACUUCUCCACGAGAAGUCUUCAUACAAUUAGAACGUCCUUCUGAUUCAGAUUGUUCAGAACCAAUCAAAUUCACAUAUAAACCUAGUGAUCGGAUGAUAGGUAGAAAAAGAACGCGGGUUUCUCAUUCCAGUAGUGUCGAGUUGACACAAGUAGCAUUUAACCACAACGUAAAUUCGACACCGGAUAUACAUAUGAAUUCUAAUGAAAGUGAAAUGUCUACAGAAAUAAAGAAAAUGUUGGACGAUAGAUGUUCUUCUAGUGAAUUCCGCGAUUUUGUUGAAAGCAUAGAUAUAGAAAGGUACACGAAUUUGUUAUCCAAUAGCGAAGAGAAUAAAUUAACUUUCGAUGGACCAUCAAGAAAGCAAGAAACCGACAAAUUAUUUGCCAGGAAUGUUGUUAUUGAUGCUUUGAAACGAAUCAAAGUGGAGCCAGAUAAAGAGAAGCAAAAAGAUAUUAUCAAAAACUCGUUCAAGGAUAGAUCAACUUACGGAGACUCACCACUUCAUUCUGCGCUUCGAUAUGGACAAAGGAAUAUCGCCAAAUAUAUCUUUAUACUUAUGAGCACUCUUCCAGAUCAUAAAGAUUUAGUGAAUAUUCCAAAUAGUUCUGGGAAGACAGCAUUGCAUUACGCUGUUACACAAAAUCAACCUGAUAUUACUAAAGUAUUACUUCUGCUGGGUGCAGAUCCAAAUCUUCCUGAUCAGUGUAGACAAACGCCAUUGCACAGUGCUGUGAAAUUUCAAGAAACGAGAGAGUGCGUCGACAUUUUACUGAGUGCAAAGGAUAUUAACUUAGAAGUUUACACAGAUUUAGGGUGGACAGCUUUACAUUUAGCUGCUGAAGCGGGAUCGUAUUAUGCAGUGCAGUCUCUUGUUAAAGCAGGCGCAAAUGUCAAUAAUGUUGACAUGUCGUGCGGGAGAACUGUUUUGCAUAUAGCGGUGGAAGGAGGACAUCGGGAUAUAAUUGAGUUUCUGUUAAAAAACACCAACAUAAAUGUAAACAAGAAGAAUUUUGGUGGAAAUACGGCAUUGCACAAUGCAGUCGUUACACCGGGGGCGAAAGCUAAAGAGAUAUGUGCUCUUCUGAUAAAACAUGGUGCUGAUCCACAUAUAAAGAAUCAUAAUCGCGAAUCAGAUCAAGAAGAAAUGGUAGUUACACCAAUUAUAAAAUGUGAAAUGGAUUCGGAAGAUGAAAAUGUUGAAGAACUCUCCGGGCAAUCGUCCUUCGACUUAGCAUCAAACGAUCCAGAUAUCUUAAGCCUUGUAUCCGGUAAGCAUGAUGUAUUAUUGAAUAUAAUUGACUCAAUUAAAAAAGAAGAAGAUAUUGACGAAACGCAACAGAAAAUUUGGCUGGAUGCAGAACAAGAAAAGCAAUUGUCAGCUAUUCUAGAUAGAACGAAAGGAUGGAAUAAAUUAGCUGAUUAUUUCAAUUAUAAAUAUCUAGUGAAGACUUUUCAGCAAAGCUCGUCCAGUCCGACAUUACUUCUCUUAAAUUACAUCGCUAUACAAAGUGAGACGUCUCUUGAGCAACUGCGAAAUAUACUACAAAAUAUAGGCGAAGAAGAUGCUUCUACAUACAUGAGCCAAAUUUUAUCUAAAACAUUCAUGAAGAACACGGUUCGUUCGUGAAUGUGAAGAUGAAUUAUGUUACGUUUAUACGUGUCGACACAGUCGACAUGAUUAUGAACUAUAAAAUAUUUUAUUUUUUAUAUCAUAUAUAUUUGUAUAAGUAUGCAUCACUUUUUUCAUAUACUGCAUCAGUGUAUUUGAGCUUUAUAUAUACUUUAUUUUCUGAAAGCGCAAGUUAAUAUUAAACAAAUAAAAUUAAUUAUACAAGUU